UCACUUUGACUUUUUUGUGUUGAUCAGUGGCAAAAACUCAAAAUUAAAUCCAUUUUGAUUCCAUGUUGUAACACAAUAAAAUGUGGAAAUAGAGCCACUGUAUAUGGCAAACUGCCCAGGGUCUUACACACUGCAUUCUCAUAGCCCAUGGACUUUGUUUGUAUGUGUGUUUUUACCCUCUCCUGAAUCUAAUGCUGCCUAUGACUGUAAGGAACACGAAAGCAAUAGUGUGAAUGUUUAAUCUGUCCACUUGCCAAUUAAGCCAGAUGUCUGAGAUAGUAAAAAAUCCACUGGCAAUGAAGCAGUCCGAGGCAAACAAACCCCAGAAGCCUGUGCGUCUUUUGCAGUCUCAGUACCCUGCAGUCAUUUGACUCUUUCUUUGUUUUGCUGUUGUAAAUCCCUUCACCAGUUGGUAUACCGUCCUCAAAGACCAACAGGUAAAGAAGAAUUUCUAACUUGAUUUUCUGUACCGUGCCACUGGGCUUUGUUUGUUGUGUAAAGCUAUACUCUCAAAGAGCUGUUUGGCAAUUUUUGAGGUGAAAGGUGUUAUGUUUGUAUUUUAGAAACAUGGUUUCGUAGGAAUCACCCUUUAAGUUUACAAGAGUAUGUUUUGCAUGUCAAUUUUGCAGUUUUCUUGCUAGGAUUUGCAAUGCAUUACCAUGCUUUUACUAUGGAAAACUUAGUUCUUUAUUGUAGUCAAUGGAGUUUGUUUACCUUGGGCAGCACAAGUUUAAGCCACCUCACAUAAUUAACUAGGUGGGACCAGUGCUAAAUGCAUGUUUCAGUUCUGCUAGAGCUCCACAGCAGGUGUGGUUCUGCUUUGCUGAGAGAGAUUACGCAGUACAAACAACUUUGAAAAAGCGAUACGCAUCCAUGGAAUUACUUAAGCAAGUCGCUAUUGUUUUUGUUUCUUUUUAAAGGACUUCCAGGUGCGUUUUUAACCCCACAAUAAAUUUAUUUAUUUAGCAGAUGCCUUUAUCCAAGGUGACUUACAGAGACUACGGUGUGUGCAGCAGCUGCAGAGUCACUUACAACUACGUCUCACCCCAAAGACGGAGCACAAGGAGGUUAAGAGACUUGCUCAGGGUCACACAAUGAGUCAGUGGCUGAGGUGGGAUUUGAACCGGGGACCUCCUGAUUACAAGCCCUUUUCUUUAACCACUGGACCACACAGCCUCUCUGACAGAACAUUCUUUAAAUAGCCCACAUAGCUGCAAAUGCCAGCUUGCAGAGAUGAUGAGGAUGGUGUCGGUCAGCAAGCCCUUGCACUCAAGCGCCCAGGAGAUCAUGAGGGACCUGAACGAGCGGCUGGCCGGAUUCCUGGAGCAGAUCUGCAGCCUGGAGAAGGUCAACCAGGGGCUGGAGAGGCAGAUCUGCGGCUGGAUGAAGAUCCACGGACCCCAGCAGAAGGACUGGAGCCAGGCAGAGGGGGCUCUGACCCAGCUCAGGGGGGAAGUGCACAGUCUGAUGGUAGAGAAUGCAAACCUGACCCUUCAGUUUGAUAUCACCCACAUGGAUCUGAACCACCUCAAAACAAGGUGUGCCGCAGAAGAAUCCCGAACGAGUCUGGUGGAAGAGAGGGUGUCUGCCUUGCGCAAGGUACAGCGCUGCCUGGAUCAGCAGAGCUGUGAGCUGCAGGCAGAGCUGGAGAUGAGGAGGGGGGAGAUCAGAGACUUGAAGCUCAAUCACAAAGAGGCAGCGCAGGCUCUGCAGCAGUCUUGUCUCGUCGCUCCUGAUCUUCUGCUAGUGCUGUCGGAGGACGAUGGGAGCGGAAUGGAACUCUCCCGACUCAUCAAUGAGAUCAGAACGCACUACGAGAGCCUCCUCGCCAGCAGCAGCAGCAAUGGGAUGAGGGCCGAGGUCCCGGGAAGCUCAGCCAUCACCCAGCUCGAGGAAGAGGCAGCCCAGGAGAGGAUGAGCAGAGACGGGAGGGCGCUGAAGGAGGCGAGGGCGGAGUUGAAUGAGGCUCGGAGGCAGUGGCAGAGUCUGGAGGUGGAGAUUGAGUCCCUCCACGCACUGAAGAAGGGUCUGGAGAACUCCCUGCUGGCUUCAGAGCAGCAGUACGAGACUCAGCUCCACAGCCUGGCUGUCGUGAUCCAGGGACUGGAGGCUGAGCUGCGGGAGAUGAGACAGGGCAUUGACAGCCAGCGGCACAAGCACGAGAAGCUGUUCAACACCAAGGAGCUUCUGGAGAGGGAGAUCGCCACCUACCGCAGCCUGCUGGAGAGAGUGGAGAGCAGGCUCCAUGGAUCAGAUGCCUCUGGGAAGGCUUUGGAAUUGAGCCUCUCCGGAAAUUCUCCAGAAUCAAUAACCUCCAUGAACGUCACAGACUCACGUCCUUCCAGCCAAGCAAUAAAAUCAGGUCCCUCUGGGGAUUUGAUGAAAUGGAACACCUCCAGGAAUGAUGGGGACUACCCAGCCUUGAGGAAUGGAGUGCAGCCAAGCACCUUGAAGAACCAUGUAGAGCCCAAGGUUUCUGAGAAUGACAUGAAGAAGAAAUCAAAACCGCUGCGGAGACAGAAAAGCCUUGUGCUACUUCCAGUCUUGGAUAUUGAGAAGGAGACGAGGAUCGAGACCGUGACCACCCAUGAGAUCCUGCAGGGUAACGUGGUGAGGGAGAGUGCAGAGGCCCACGGCACCAUAGAGAAAGAGAAGAUCGACGAGGUGAUAAAGGAGUGGGAGGGCUCGUUCUUCAAGGGGAACCCUCACCUGCGGAAGAAGUCUGUGUCACUGCGCUUCGAUCUCCACCUCGCCGCUGCGGACGAGAGCCGCGCUCAGACCAAGGAGGACAGUGUGGCCGACGUGGAGGUCAGGCUUGUCAUGAAGAGGUCCCGAAGCAUCGCCACCAUCACCCCCUAACAAUCAGGGGUCACUUCCUGCCAUUGACAACCAGAGAGGCACAGGAUCCAACACAGCAGGAAAUGUGCACAGCCACGUCAUUGCCAAGGCUUUUACUAUGGCAUUUUCUCACCUAUCAUCAGCAUAACAACUGAGCUCACAUGUAGGGUGUAGUGAUUAACUUGCAUGUUAUUAUGUUUGUGUAAUACCCUAUACACCACUCAAUGGUCAAAUAUAACACUAAAUCAAACUGGGCUAGAAGCCUUUGUGUGAAACAAAAUAUGUUUGUUUCACAUGUAAGUUCAUUUACAGUGUUUCAUGUAAUGUGACUCUGUGUCCUGUAGGAGCUAGGAGUCAGGAAGGGCAAAAGGAAAGAAAACUGGGCAGACGUUAGUCAAAAGGGUCAACGGCAAAACAGUGAUGGACUGGUUGAGAAUGUUCUUAUGUACAUGCAUUUUUGAAAAUGUUUUUUUUGUAAGCCUUAGUUAUGACAUAUUUUAAAAGGUAGUAAACCAUGAAGGACAUCAAUUAUCAAUCCACAGUCUAAACGCACUUUACAGCCAGUGGUUCAAAUGCAAUGCACUUUUACUGCAGUUGUUUUUGAUGGGGGUGAAUUGAAGGUAGCCUUUUACUGGUUUACUCACAUUGGAUUAGGCAUGCACUGUUCUGUACAAGUGAUCUAAAGUAUGCUGUAUGUAAGCUAGAUUUACAAGCAAAUCAUUGGAAUUGUACAAAUCCUUCAGGAAUGUUCAUGGCAUCAUAAUACAGUAGCAUGGCUCCUAAUUCCUAAAAUCUGGCGGAUUAUAAUAUUAGUACCUGAUCCAAUGGAACACGUACAAAUAAGCUACAGCUAAUGAUAUAAAAGUUGUAAGAAACUUUUUUUUUUUGCGAACCCUUAAGCUGAAGGAUUUCUACGAAAAAUCUGACUCAGAAAAAUUGGCUUUUGCUCCUUUAUAAAAGCUUCCCAUAGUAAAAAACAUAGCAAAGUGUAAUAAAGCACAGUGAAAGGAUGGUAAAGUAUAGGUAAUGGUAGUAUAGAAUAGAGAGUCAUGGUAAUGCAUAUUAAUAAACAGGGCAAACUAGAGUAAAUAUGCAUAGUAUAACCAUGGUAAAACUGAGAAAAUACCAUUAAAAAUACCAUGGUAAACUUUUAUAAGGACUAAGAUUUAUUUUACCUGUGUUCGAGAAAUCUUUUAAAUGUUUUAUUUUUUUCUCUAAAUUGAUUUUUUUUUAUUUUUACGAAAAAUAGACAGAAAAAUAUAAUUAUGUAUUAUAACAAUUAGGAAAUGUAUUUAUUCCAAUGCAAAAAUUGCACCAUUAUUUUCCUGUAAAAGCUUUGUUCCUGAAAGAAAUAGCUAUUAAAUAUGAAUUUCUUUGCAAAACAUGUAUUUACAAAAAUUCACCAGGGAUCUUGGUAAACCAAAACAAAUAUAGGGCUACCGCACCCUGACUUUAAGCAAUAGUAGAACCACACGCUUUUAAGAUUACACCCACAACAUAGAACAUGACAGCACUAUGCAAAUCAGUUCACAUGACUGCUAAGUACAUGCAACAGCUCAGUAUACCACCGAUCCUCUCAUUAUAUUCAGUUACCCAUUGACCUAGAUUGAAGAAACUGGGGUUACAGCCAAGGUGUAACCUAUCCAAAAAGAUGAUAUCUAUAAGAUUAUUACAGUAAGAGCCAGAAAACAAUUCUAAUGCAUUUCAUUCUGGAGUUUCAUCAUUACAAUAUAUUAUAUGCAGGACUGGUUGCUCCUUCCAUUCAAUGAGGGACCUUCAAAAAAAUAUUGGACCUACUGCCAUACAGCUUUCACCUGUAUCUUUGAGCAUCGUAUAUCUUUUCUAAUGUAUAUAGUGAUAUAGGACAGAAUAUGCACUUUGCGAUGCAAGUCAUAUACAGUACCCUCUAUAUGUUAUAAUUAUUGUACAAUAGAGACAACCUAACACUCUUUAGCUGAUAUUUGUAGGCGCCUAACCAUUUCUAACAAGAUUAAUGAUACUACUAAUAUUAUACAGAAAAUAUUACUAACACUAAUUAUAGUAGUGGUUACCAAUCAGUGUGGCAUCCUGAAUGUACAAUGCCUGCGUUCAUGAAUAUCUCAAUUUAUUAUGCAGUUGCUUGAUAUACUUGUUUUAUGCUGCUAGUGUAAUAUUUGAAUGGGAAGUUUGUGGUUGGGAACUCUUAUUUGUGGAAUUUUAGAAGGGGAGGUUUUGCUUUUUACCCAAGGCAAAGUUUGUUUCAAUAAAAUGGUGAAA